AGUAUCCUGAGUAGUUUUAUUUGUAGAAUGCUUGGCAGCCAUUUUAUGAACUGUUAGUCACUUUGGGUUUUUGCACAUAUAUUGAAUCUCUUUUAUGUUAAAUCUCUUUUAUGUAUUGUAUUAAAAAAUUUUAUAGUAUAUAGUGAAAAUAUUGGCUAUAAAACAUGAAGUUGUUUCCACGCGUAGAAAUCGUAGAAUCGAGUGAAGAUUCUGAUUCUCAAAAAUCGUCAACUACCUCAAACUCUUUCGAUGAUAUUCAUUCAACUUUCCCUAUGAUAGAAAAGGUUUCUCAGGCCAAUAUUACUGCUUCCAUGGAAAGAAUUAGAACAAUGUUGAGUUUACUUCAAAGAUCUUCGCAAACUCCGAUAUUUCCUUUCCCUGUUCCAACCCUCGGUUCAAAUCAGAUUGCAAAAGUUUGCGAUGCCUUGGCAGAAAAUGGAGACAUUGAGAGACUUUCUAGAUUUUUGUGGUCUCUUCCAGCAACACCAGUAAUUAUGGAAGCUUUGCAAACAGACGAAUCAAUUUUAAGGGCAAGAGCACUUGUAGCAUUUCAUCAAGGUAACUUUAGAGAAGUCUAUGGUAUUUUGGAACAACAUAGAUUUACUGAUGCUGCAUGGCACCAUCGAUUGCAAGCGAUGUGGUUAGAAGCUCAUUAUCAAGAUGCUGAAAGAUCACGAGGCCGUUCACUUGGUCCAGUUGACAAAUACAGAAUAAGGAAAAAGUUUCCAUUACCGAGAAGUAUUUGGAAUGGAGAACAAAAAAGUCAUUGUUUCAAAGAGAGAACAAGAAAUUGUCUUCGAGAAUCUUAUCUCCGAGAUCCAUAUCCAAAUCCGAGCAAAAAGCGUGAACUUGCAAGAUUAACUGGUCUUUCGCCUACUCAAGUUGGAAAUUGGUUCAAAAACAGAAGGCAAAGGGACCGUGCUGCUGCAGCUAAAAACAGACUUAUGAACCACAAACAAAAUGGCGACGACCAACUUUCGCCAACGUCGGGGAUUUAUAGGCUUGGUGGAGAAGAAAAAUCGUCUGAAGAGCGGCUAAAUUAUCAAAGACAAGCGUCAACCUCGGACGAUCAAAGCUCUGUUGAGAAUCAUACAACUCAAUAUUUAACACCUUCCUUGGCCGCAGCGGGAUUUGCAGAAGCAUCAAGCGAAAUGUUGCCUCCGGUAUAUCGAUCCAAUUGUAGUAUUUCUCCAAUGACAAUGAUUCUAGAUAAAUCACGACAUGUGCAAUUUCGCAAAUCUUGUGAUUCAUCAACUGUGUUGAAUAAUUUCGACUCCUUCUUACCUUAUCACGGCAAAUCUGAUUAUCCAAGCAAUAAACAUUUUUCAAAUUCCUUGAGAUGUUUGGAAUCAGCACACAGCAAGGCAAAUGCUCGAGAAAUGAAUGACAACAAAAAUGUUUGAGCUUGACUUAGAUUGAAUUUGAUAGUUUUAAAUAUUAUUGAAACUUUUUCUCAAAAAUGAAUAAAAACUUUGUGUACUGUGUCAAA